GGAUAAAACUGUUUGGCUGAUACGGGCAUGGGGUUGAGUAAUGGCUCCGAUUUGGGGGCUCACCAUCCCACUGCCACCAUAUGUCAGCCUUCUACUAUUAUUUGGUUCCCUUGUCUGGGGGCUUUGGAUGCUGCUUUCUGGGAAACAGAAUAGGGAACAUGUGGCAGCCAAGACAUGCUCGGAGACUUCAAAGCAGCAUAUAUUGAAAAAGAUCCAGAAAUUCACAGAUCCACAGUUGGAAAAAAAUCUCAGGAUGAGUUGCAUUGAAGCUAACCUGAAACAUUUUUCAGAACUCCCUGUGGGAUGGACCCAGGAAUAUGUACUCUGGUCAAUGGACAGGAGUCUUCAACAGAUCUUCCAACACCUGGAAAGUACAAGAUCAAGUCUUAUGGAAUUGGGUUUGCCUGAACCACAGGAUAUGAUUUCUUCUUCCACCUCCUCUGUGGCUCAGGAGCCUGUUCUACCCUGUUGUGACUGUAAGAAUGCAGAACAUUCUACUGACAGUAGUAUCUCCUCUGGAUCAUCCUACAGCUCGAGCCUGUCUCACCUUCCUGUCUUUUCUGAAGAAACAACUUGGCAAUUCCGGAGCCGCAGUUUACCUAUUUUACCCCAAAAUCAACCUCCUGUGUUCAGGAACCAAGGCAGAUCUCUGCCUUCUUUUAGGCUUUCAGAGCUUGGGAAAUCAGAAUUUUUUCAGAAUUUGGAAACUCUUUCAUCCUUAAGCCAUCAAAGCACUUUUAUCAACUCUCUUUCUGAAUCCCCAGAUCUCCACAGACAAGGAGAAAAAACAAAGGAUAAGAGAAGGAGCAAGAGUGAUUUGACAUCAGAUCAUAAGCCAAAUAUUAUCUUCAAAGAGAGACCACUAUUGUCAGGGUCAACUCCAAUCCAGCUCUCUCCUUUGGCUAGGUGGGAGUUAGAGGGACAUAUGGCUUGGAAGGUUUGUACUCUGCGGGAACAAACAGUGCCUCUGCCUGUGAGGGAAUCAUGGGCAAUGCUGAAUUAUUUAAUUGAGGUGCAAGGAGGAGUCCCUGAACCAGAGAAACCCCAAAUCCAGCUAUCUAUGCCCAUUCAUCAAAGCACUGAGCAAAAUAUCAACAAUGAAUCCCCUGACCUUCCAUCUCCUCAGUUCCAGGGGAACACUGAAGUGGAAUCUGGAUUAAAUAGAACAGAAACAAGAAUUUCUCAGACUCUUAUCCCAGGUAAGCAGUCACAACCUGGAUAUGGACCACAAAUCCUUGCAUCCAGGCCAUUAAUGACAUCAAUAGAUAUUCUACCUCCCAAAAGCUUAGGAGCUGACAUCACUCAAGAGGAAAUGACUUUACUGAAGAAGGACCCAAAACAUGUGCUAGAGCUUAAUAUAAAGCAGAGGGUCUUAGGUCUUCCAGAAAAAAGGAUACAGCAGCAACAGAGCCAGGUGCCUAAUAUGGAGCUGACCCCACAGCUACCAUGCCAAGUCACAGAUAGUGUAAAAGUUACUCCACUGGCAUUACUUCAAGUCAUGGAUUCAAUGGGGAUGAUUCCAGAUUCACAUUCAGAAGUGAUAGAAUCUGUGGGUUUGUUCCAAUGGCCAUCAAAUGAAGUUGUAAAACCAAUGGAAGCCAUGGAAACAGUGCAUAUAAGCCAAAAACCAUCAUAUCAAGUCAUUAAAUCAGUGGAGGUAACCCCAAGACUUCAGCAGCAGGUUAUGGAAUCAAGAAAGAUAACUUCAAGACGGCUGAAUCAAGUCAUAGAUAAUGUGAAGGUAACUCCGAUAGCAUUGCUUCAAGUCAUGGAUUCUAUGGGGAUGAUUAAAAAAUCACAUCCACCUAUCAUACAGUCAAUGGGAAUGACCCCAACAAUGCAAUAUCAAGUUGUGGGGUCAGUAAAAAGGAGUACAUUGUUGGACCAUCAAGUCAUACAACCAGGAAAGAUGAGUCCAGGACUACGACAUUCAGUCAUAGAAACUGUGGAAAUAACCCCAGGGCCACAUAAAGUUAUGCAAUCAGUUGAUGUAACAUCAAGGCCACAAAGUCAAGUCACAGAAUCACUGAAGACUACCCCAGGGCCAGUAUGUCAAAAUAUGCAAUCACUUGAAAUGAUCCCCAGGCCACUGCAUCAAGUGAUGGAUUACAUAAAAGUGACUCCAGUAGCACUAUUACAAGCUAUGGACUUUAUGGGGAUAAUUCCACCAACAAAGUCACAUGUUAUAGAAUCUAGGGUUUUGAUCCCAGAUACACAGUCUCAAAUUGCAAAUUUAACCCCAAGGGCAAUUCAAUCAGAUGGUUUGACUUCGAGCUCUCUUACUACUAUUGGUACACUUGGAGUGGUAGAAUCUGUGGGCUUACCUCCAAAGCCACCACAUAAAGUCACGGUAUCAGGAGGAGUGAUCCCAAUAUCUCAAGCCAACUCCAGGAGUCUGGAAUUGACUCCUGGGUCAUGUAUUCAAAUGCCAGACUUUGAGGGAAUGACUCCAGAACUGUAUUAUGAAGGCACAGAAUCUAUGGCAUUAAUACCAGGGCCAUCUCAUCAAGUCACGGAGUCUUCGAGGUUGACCCCAUGGCAUCAAAUUCUGCAGUAUUCUGAGAUGAGUCCAAGGCAAAGUCAUCAUGUCAUAGAAACUAUGGAGUUGACCUCUGACUCCUGGCUAAAAAUGGAGAAAUCAGCAGAGCUGACACAUUCACAUCAUCAAAUGAUGGAAUCUUUAGGGACAAUCCCAAGGUCACUGGGUAGAGGUACAAAAUCUAUGGGAAUGAGCCAAAAGCCACUGCUUCAAGUCACAGAAUCUGCAGAAAUGUCCACUACAUCAGUUCAAGAUGUGAACUAUAGAGAGAUGAAAUCAAUCCCACAACUUAAGGCUAUGGGUUCUAUGACAUUAUCCCCAAGAUUGCAAAAUUUGAAGUCUGGGAAACUGGUUUUAGCACCAGAGUCACAAAAUAUAAAAUCUGUAGACAUAACUACAGGUUCAUUCCCAGAACUGGGAAAUUACAGACAGCCAGUCUCAACUGUGAACUCUAUAGAAUUGGCCACAGAACCACAACAGCAGAGUGUAAAACCUGAGGAGUUGGCCAAAACACCACAGGGGCAAAAUGAGAAAUCUGUGCAGUCAGCCCCAGGGGCUCAGCUUCAUGGUGCGAAAUCUAUCCAACUGAUGCUGGGACCCCAACAACAAAGUAAAAAAUCUACUGGGUUAGUUCCAGCACCACAGUUGCAAAGUAGGAAAUCUAUAGAUUUGGUCCCCAGUUCACAGUCGCGAUGUAUAGAAUAUGGUCAUUUGGCUCUACCAUCAGAGUUUCCAGGUAUAAAAACUGUGGAAUUGUCUCCAAGAAUAGUACAAAAAGAUAUGAAACCUAUGGAGUUGGCCCCAAAGUCAUGGUCACAAGAUAUAAGAUCUGAGGAGACAGCCCCAAUACCAUUGCUUGAAGAUGUAAAAACUCCUCAAAUGGUAGAAAGUACAAGACUGACUCCUAAGACACAGGUAGAAAGUAUGAAAUAUGAGGAACUGAUCCCAAGAGCACACAUUCAAGCAGUAAACUCUGUAGAGGUAGACUCCAGACCAAAUCAUCAAGUCACAGAACCUGAAGGACUGAUCUCAUGGUAUCAAGCUUCAGAAUCUUUAGGGAUGAUCUCAGAACCAGGAUAUUCAGAAACAGAAGCAAAGCUAACCUCUGACACUGGUCACCAUGCGAAAGAGUCUAUGGGGUUGAUACAAUCAUCUUUAGGAAGUACCCCCAGGUCAUUGAGCCAAGCAUCUAUGCAGAUGAACUCCAUAUCAUUCAGGGGCACUCUUGAGCCAAUGUUCCAAAGUGUGAGAGCCAUGGAUGAAACUCCAGUGUCAGAGCACACUACACAAGAAUAUCUGGAGUUGGUACCAGGAUCAGAGAUGCAAGGUAUGAAAUCAAAGAUGUUGACCCCAGAGCCUCAAGAUACGAAGUUUGUUCAUCUGAAUCUAGAACCAUAUUCAGAGGUUAUGAACUAUGAGGAGCUGAUCUCAGAACCACGAUUUCAAAAUGUGAAAUCUGUGUCAUUGACCUCAGAACCACAGUCCACAAGUAUAAAACCCGAGGAGUUGACUCUAGGGCCAUUAAGGCAUGAUGAUGAUUUUGUGGAUUUACAUAUACCACUUGAAGAAUCUAGUAGGUUAAUUCCUGAGUCACAGUUAAAACAUGUUGAAUCAAGGAAAGUGACUGCGGAACUGCAUUUACAAGAACUGAAAUCUGUGGGUCUAACUUCCAGACCAAGGCAUCAAGACAUAGCACUUACAGAGCUAGCUGCUGAGAUCUGGCCACAAGAGGAGGAAUCUGUAGUCUUGAAACCUGGUGGUGUGAUGCCCAGGCCGCAUUUUCAGAAAUCUUCAGAGUUGACUCCAGGUCAAGAUCGUGAAGACACAGAAACUGUAAGACUGAUUUCUGAGGCUUUGCCCCAAGUUAAUUUGCCCCAAUUAAUGCAAAAACCAACAGAUCAAGUUAUAGAAUCUGCAAGAAUGACUCCUCUAAGGCCACAUCUUCAAGAUACAGAAUCAUCACAGAUAUCCCUAAGGUCAGAAUAUGCAAACACAGAAAAUGUGGGGUUAGCAACAUUUCCAGUUGAAAACAUCCAGGAGGUAAUACCAGUACAACCACAUUCAGAAAAAGAAUCUCUGGAGUUGAUUUUAGAACCAAGGAUGCAAUAUGAGAUAGCAGAGCCACUGCUGCAAAAUUUGAAAUAUGUGAAGUUAACCUCUGAGUCAUCCCCAUUAGUGGUGGAAUCUAAACAGUUUGUUACAGGACCAAAACCACAAGUUACCGAGUUGACUCCAGAGCCACAGUUCCAGGAAGUAACGUUCAGGCAGUUGGAGUCAGAGCCAAAACUACAAGACAUGAAAUAUGUUAAUUUAAUUCAACAGUCAACUACUACCAAAAUGGUAGAAUCAGAGAAGCCAAUACAAGAGCCAGUGCUACAAAGUAUGAUACCAGAGGAACUGACUCAGGAGGUACAGCUCCAACGUGUGUCCCUGGGACCAGAGUUGCAUAGUGUAAGAUUUUCAGAGUUAUCUCCCGAGCCACCACUUCAAGGAGAAAGACUUUUAGAUUUAAUCUCAGGGUCUCCACAUCACAGUGUGACAUCUGAUGAAUUGACCCCAGGUUCCCCAAUGCAAGAAAUAAAAUUGUCAGAUUGUAUCCCAGGACCAAAGCAUCAAAGUGUUGUAUCUAUACAGUUGAUGGCAAAACCACAAACUCAAAGUACAAAAUUCACGGAACUAAGCUCAGGACCAUGCUUACAAGGUGUCAGAUUUUCUGAUUUGACUCCAGACCCACAGCAUCAAGGUUUUGAACACGUGCAGUUAAUGCCAGGAACACAGCUUCAAGAUACAAAGCCUGUAGGAUUUGUAACAGAGUCAUCUUUGCAGUUAAGUCAAGGGCUCCCGGUUGAAAAUAUGAAAUCUAUUCUGUCUAUUGAUGGGUCACAGUUUCACAGCAUGAAAUCAGUGAAACUGACCUCAGAACUACAAUUUCAAGAUAUGAAAUCUGAGGAACUGAACCUAGGGUCAAGGCAGCAAGAUGUCAAAUUUUCUGAAUUGACCUUAGGACCAAAGCUUCAAGGUGUCAAAUUUGGGAAGCAAAUCCUGGAAUCACCGUUUCAUAGUGUGACUUCCAUGGAGACAACUCUAGAGUUAGGGCUUCAAGAUUCUAAAUCAGCAAAGAUGUCUCCAGGACUUCAAGGUGUGAAACAGGUGGGGCCAUGGCUACAAGAUGUCAAAUUUUGUGAUCUAAAAUCAGGAGUUCAGUCUCAAGGUGUGAAAUCCUCUGAGUUAAACUCAGGGCCACAACUACAAUAUGUGAAGAUUUUUGAGUUAACUCCAGAACCAAAGGUGCAAGGAGAAAGAUCUAUGAAGUUGGCCUCAGGACCUGAACAGCAAGGGGUUAAGCCUGAGAUGUUAGGACCAAAGCCACUGUUUCAAGGCAUAAAAUGUGAAGCAGCAGACCAAAUGUCAAGCUUUGAAGGUGACAUUUCUUAUAAAUUAGUUUCAGAGCCACAGAGACCAGAUGUAAAAUCUAUGGAGGUGUCUCCUAGACUCCAGUUGCCAAGUGUAAACUAUUCUGAGUUGACCAGAAGACCACCAUUACAAGUUAUGAAAUCUUCUGGAUUAACCCAAAGACCACAGAUGCAAGAUGUAAAACCUGCAGUGAGGACCCCAAUCUCAAAGGUUGAAGGUUUACAAUCUGAGGUACUAAUGCCAGAGCCACAGCUGGAAGAUACAAAAUCUGUGAAGUUAACCCCAGGACCACAUUUAGGAAGUAUGAAAUCUAUUCAGUUAACAUCAAAGCCACAACUGGGAAAUGUUAAAUCUAUGGUGUUAACCCCUGGGUCAGAGGGGGAAGAUGUGAAACCGGUAGAGGUGACCCCAGGCUCAAAACUUCACGGUUUAAUAUCUGAGUUGCUGUCCUCAGAGUUGGAGUUGAAAGAUGUGAACUCUGCAGUCUUAACUCCAGGACAACAUCCAAGAGGUAUGAAAUCUACAUUGCUAACCCCAAGUCCACAGCUGGAAGGUAAAAAAUCUGUGGAGAUAACCUCAGGACCACUGAGAGAAGAUGUCAAAUCUGUGAAACUCACCUCAGAUUCCAAGCUUCAAGGUGUGAAAUCUGAUGUGUUGGCACUGUCCUUAAGAAAUCAAGGAUUAAAAACUGUGACAUUCAUCCCAAGAAAGCAACUGCAAGAUGUGAAAGCUGUGGAAUUGAAACUUGGGCCAAGGAUGCAAGAUGAGAAUUCUGUGUUUUUGGCACCAUGGUCAAUGCUCCAAGGGCCUCAACUGCAAGGUAUGAAACCUCGGGAAUUGACUGCAAAGCCCCAAAUGCAAGAUGUGAAAAUUUUGCAGCUAACUCCAUGUCCCAAGCUUCAAAGUUUAAAACCUGUAGAGGAGACUCCAGAUCAAGAGCUGCAAUUUGCAAAACCUAUGAAGUUGACCCCAAGGCUAAAGAAGCAGGUAGUAAAAUCUGUGAACGCGAGCAGAAGACAAAAGUUUCAAGGAGUAAAAUCUGUGGAUUUAGCCCCAAAGCAACAGUUUCAAGAGACGACACUUGUGAACUUAACUCCCGGGCCAAAACAGGUUAGUGAGAUAUCUGUAAUCUCACCAGAGCAGCAAUGUGUGAAUUCAGAGUCACUGAAGCAAGGGUCUAAGUCAGAAGAUGGGAUGUCUUGGGAGUUAAUUCCAGAGCUAAAAUUAAAAGAUGGAAAAUUAGUAGAUCUCAACUUUGAAUUACAGUUGAAAGGUAGGGAAUCAUCCGAAUUGACUCCAGAAUCAAAUAUUCAAGGUGUAAAAUCUAAAAAGUUAAAACUUGAACCACAGUUGCAAAGUAUGAAGUCUUCCAAGCUGACCCCAGGACCACAGUUACACCAAGUAAAAUCCUCAAAGUCAACUUCAGGGCCACAGCUUCAAGAUGUGAAAACUGCUAAGUUUAAACAAGAGCCACAACCUGAGAGUAUGAAACAUAUUCAGUGGAUACCAGGAUGUGAGUUCCAAGAUGUGAAAUCUGCAGGGUCAAGUCUUAAGUCACAACCUCAAGGAGGCAAAUUUGUAGAGUUGAAAUCUUCAACACAGUUAAGAGAUGCAAAGUCAUCUGAAUUGCAUCUGGGGCCAAAAAUUCAAGGUACAGCAUAUAUGAAGUUCGACCUUGGGCCACAGUUGAGGAGGGUGAAAACUCCUGAGUUGUGCCCAGGACCACAGUUGCAAGAAGGAAAAGUUUUGGCAUCAACCUCAGAGCCACAGUUUCAAGGUAUGAAAAUUGUGGAGUUAAACCAAAAGCCACAGUUUGGAAGUACGAAAACUGUUCAAUGGAUGCCUGCACCAGUGUUUCAAGGUGUGAAAUCUCUGCUAAAUCUUGAGUUGCAACCUCAGUGUGUCAAACCAACAGAAUUGAUACAGUUGAGAGAUAUGAAGUCAUCUGUAUUGACCCCAAGGCCAAAGCUUCAAGAUGUACAAUCUUUGACAUCACUCCAAGAGUCUCAGGCUCAAGGUCUCAAUGUGAAAGCCUGUCUACAGUUUAGCAGUAUGAAAUCAUGUGACCUGACUCCCAAGUCAAAGCUCUGUGAUAUAAAAUCUAUGAUGUUCAAAUCUAGGCUUAACUUGCAAGAUGGCAAAUCUCCUUUGUUGACCCCAGGACUAUGCCUUCAAGAAGUGAAACCAUUACAGUCAGCCCCAGGAACACAGCUUCAAGGUGUGAAGUCUCCACUGCUUACACAAGAGCCACAGUUUCCUGAGGUGAAAUCUGAGGUAUUAAGCCAAGGGUCACAAUUACAAAGUGAUAAAACUAUAGAGUUGAACUCCCCACUACACUUGAAAAGUAUGAAGUCAUCUGAGUUGACUCUUCAGCCAAAGCUUCAGGGUGUGAAAUCUGAGGAUUUCAACAUUGUGCCACAAUGGCAAGGUCUAAAAUCUUCUAAGCCACCGUUUGAGACAAAGUCCCAAGAUAAGAAAGUUACUGAACUAAUCCCUGGCUUACAGUUGCAAGAUACAAUGUUUUCUAAAUUGACUGUGGGGACAAAGACUCAAGGUGUCAAAUAUACAGAUUUUGACCCUGGGUCACUGUUAAAAGGUAUAAACUCUUCUGGGUGGACCUCAAAGGCCGAACUUCAAGAUGUAAAACAUAAAGAAUUUAGCCCCUGUCCCCAGUUGCAAGUUCUGAAAUCUUCUGAACUGAUCCUGGCAUCAAAGCUUCAAAAUGUGAAAUUGGUGGUCAACUCUGAGUCACAAUUUCAAGGAGAGAAAUCUUCUCAAUUAAUCUCAGACUCAAAGUUACAAGAUGUGGAAUCUGCAAAGUCCAAAUCUGGGCCACCAUUGCAAGGUGUGAAAUCUGAGUUGACACUGGGGUCAAAGCUUCAAAAAGUGAAAUCAGUGGAAUUCAAGUCAGGUCCACAGUUGCAAGAUGUAAAAUCUUCCAAGUUGAUCACGGGCGUAAAGCUUCAAGGUGUAAAAUCUAUGAAUUUCAGGUCUGGAUCAAACUUGCAAGGUGUGAAAUUGUCUGAAGAUAUCCCAAGGGAGAAGCUUCAAGGUGUGAAGUCUGUAGACCUGAAACCUAGUCCAAAGUUACAAGGUGCAAAAUCUGAUUUGACAAGGAAGAUUCCAGUUGUGAGAUCAGUAGAGUCAGACUCAGGCCAACACUUACAAGAUAUGAAAUGUUCUGAACUGAUCAUGGGUAUAAAGCUUCAACAUGUAAAAUCUAAAGGGUUAAGUUCUAGACCACACUUUCAAGGUAUGAAAUCUUCUGAAGCGGUCUUAGGGACAAUGCUUCAGGAAGCGAAAUCGAUGUUCAACUCUGAACCACAGAUACAAAGUAAAAAAUGUUCUGAACUGACUCAAGGGACAAAGCUUCAAGAUGAAAAAUCCUUAGAGUUCAAUCAUGGACUGGAGUUACAAUGUGGGAAGUCUGAUUUAACCCAGAAGAGGGAACUUCAAGGUGUGAAAUCAGUGGAGUUCAACCCUCAACCACAGAGACAGGGUGAGAAAUCUGAUUUGAGGCUAGGGUGGAGGCUUCAAGAUUUGAAAUCUGUUGUUCCACCUCUGCAAGGUGUGACAUCCUCAGAGUUAACAUCAAAGACAAAGCCUCAAAGUGGAGAAUCUAUGGAAUUCAUCACCAGGCCAAUGAGGCAAGAUAUGAAACCUUUUGAAUUGACUCUUGGUACAAAGGUACAAGAUGUGAAAUCUUUGGGGUUCAACUCAGCUCCACAGUUACAAGAUAGAAAGUUAUCUAUGCUGACAUCAAAGGCAUACCUUCAAGGUGUGAAAUCUAUGGAAUUCAACCCUGUGGCAGAGUUGCAAAGUGUAAAAUCUUCUGGGCCUAUAAAGCUUCAAUUGAUGGACUCUACAGAAGUCAAUCCUGGCCUAGAAUUUCAGGUUGCAAAAUCUUGUAUGUUGGCCUUGGAAUCAAAGAUUCACAGUGGGAUAUCGUCUAAGAGCAAUGCUAGAAAGCAAAAGCAAGAUGAGAAAUCGUGUAAGUUGAAUCCAUGGCAAGAGCUUCAAAGUGUAAAAGUCAUGGUGUUCAGUCCUAGGACACAUUCACAACAUAUGAAAUCUUCAGAAUCAUGCAAAGGGACAAAGUUUCAAAAUGUGAAGUCUUUGGAAUUCAAUCCUGACCAACAACUGCAAGAUAUGAAAUCUUCUGAUUUGAGUCUGGGAACAAGUCACCAAGGUAUUCAAUCUUUAGAGUUCAAUCCUGGACCACAGCUGCAAGUGGUAACAUCUGAGUUGAGCACAGAAAUGAAGCUUCCAGAUGAGAAAUUGCUGGAAUUUAACCAUGAGCCUAAAUUACAAGUUGGGAAAUGCUCUGAACUGAAGCCAGGGCCACAACUUCAAUGUGUGAAUUAUACACCAUUCAACACUGGGUCACAAGUGCAAGAUACAAAAUCUUCAGAGUUGAAUCCCAGUACGGCGCUUCAAGGUAGAAAAUCUAAGGUGCUCUGUGUUGGGCCAGAUUUGCAAGGUGUGAAUUCUUCUGCAUUCAUUUCAGAACCAAAACUUAAGUGUGUAAAUCCACCUGGAUGCCAGCCUGGGUCACACUUGCAAGGUACAAGCUCUUCUGAAUUAACUUCAGUUUCAAAAUUUCAAGGUAUGGAGUCUUCUAAGUUAAAUUCAGGGACAGAGCUUCAAAGUGAGGCAUCUAUGGUGUUCAACCCUGGACCACAUUGCCAAGGUCUGAAAGGAGCAAAAUCAUCUAAGUUGACUUCAGGGAAAAAAUGUCAACAUAUGGGAUCCGAGGUGAGACUAAGCACAGAGAAUCAGUGUGAGACAUCUAUGGUGUUCAACCCUGGACCACACUGCCAAGGUUUGAAAUCUGAAUUGAGGCCAGAAUCAAAGUUUCUAAGUGUAACACCCACAGAAUGCAACCUUGGGCUACAGAUGCAGUGUGCAAAGUCUUCUAAGUUGAAUUCAGAGCCAAAAUCACAAUGUUUAAAUUCUAUGGGUUGCAAAUGUGGGCCACCCUUGCAAGAUAUAAAAUCCCUUGAGUUGACUUCAGGGGAAAAAUGUCAAUAUAUGGGAACUGAAGUGAAUCCAGGCACAGAGAAUCAAUGUGAGACAUCUAUGGGGUUCAAUCCCGGACUACACUGCCAAGGUCUGAAAUCUGAAUUGAGUCCAGAGUCAAAGUUUCUCAGUGUAGCACCCACAGAAUGCAACCCUGGGCCAUGGAUGCAGUGUGCAAAGUCUUUUGAAUUGAAUCCAGAACCAAAAUUACAAUGUUUAAAUUCUAUGGGUUGCAAAUGUGGGCCACUCUUGCAAGGUAUAAAAUCCCUUGAGUCGACUUCAGGGGAAAACCGUCAAAAUAUCGGGUCUGAAGUGAAACCAUGUACAGGGGAUCAAUGUGAGACAUCUAUGGUGUUCAAUCCUGGACCACACUGCCAAGGUUUGAAAUCUAAAUUGAGUCCAGAGUCAAAGUUUCUAAGUGUAACACCCACAGAAUGCAACACUGAGCCACAGAUGCAGUGUGUAAAGUCUUCUAAGUUGAAUCCAGAGCCAAAAUCACAAUGUUUAAAUUCUAUGGGUUGCAAAAGUGGGGCAUCUUUGCAAGGUAUAGAAUCCCUUGAGUCAGCUUCAUGGAAAAAAUGUCAAAAUAUGGGAUCUGAAGUGAAGCCAUGUAUAGGGAAUCAAUGUGAGACAUCUACGGUGUUCAACCCUGGGCCACACUGCCAAGGUCUGAAACCUGAACUGAUUUCAGGGUCAAAGUUUCUAAGUGUAACACCCACAGAAUGCAACCCUGGCCCACAGACACAGUGUGAAAAUUCUUCUGAGCUGAAUCCAGAGCCAAAAUUACAAUGUGUAGAUUCUAUGAAGUGCAAAUGUGAGCCACAUUUGCAAGGUAUAAAAUCUCCUGAGUUAACUUCAGGGACAAAAUGUAAAGGUAGGAAAUCUUCUGAUUUUAAUCCGGGGCCAGAACUUCAAGGUACAAAAUCUGUUAUGUUCAACCCUGUGCACAAUUUACAAGACAUAAAAUUUGAAUUUACUCCAGGGACAAAGUCUCAAGGUAGAACCUCAACAAAGUUCAACUCUGACCCACAGCAGCAAGGUGUGCAUUCUCCUGGGUUGAAUUCAGGGUUAGAACUUCAAUACUUAAGUUCUGUAAAGUCUAGUCCAGGGCCACAGAUGCAUGGUAUGAAACCCUCUGAAAUGAUCCCUGGGCCAGAAUCUCAUGGUACAAAAUCUAUGUUGUUCAACCUGGAAUCACACUUGCAAGAAGCAAAAUCUCCUGAGUUAACUUCAGGGACAAAGUUUCCAGAAGUCCAAUUUUUGGUUAACCAUGCUGGGUCAGAGCAACAAGUUGUGCAGUCUGUGUUCACUUUGGGCCCUCAGUUAAAUGUUAUGAAACCUAUGUUAUUUUUACCAGAGCAACUGUUUGAAGACAUAAAAUCUAUGAAGAUGAACAAAGAGCCACUACUUUGUGGUACCAAUUCUACAAAACUGAUUUCAGACUCUGAGCUACAGAAUUUGAAAUGGAACGUGUUUGCUCUAGAGCCAUGCUUUCAAAAAGUGAAAUCUAUGGAGUUAAACUCAGGGCCACAUCCUCAAGGUAUGAAUUGUGAGGAGUUGCCCUCACACCUCAGGCAGCAUAGUAUAAGAUCUGUGGUGUUUGCACCAGAGCCAUGUUUUCAAGAUAGGAAGCCUCUGGAGUUGAAACCAGAGAUACAACCUCAAGAUGUGAAUUCUAAUAAAUUGAUUUCUUGCUUCAGGCAGAAGUCUGUAGUAUCUGUAUCAGUGCCAUGUUCUCAAGAUGUGAAAUCUAUGAAGUCAAACCUACUGCCCCAAUCUCAAAGUAUGAACUUUUUAGGAUCAUCAUCAUGUCUCAGGUCACAAUGUGUUAAAUCUGAGAUCUCUGCACCAGAACCAUGUCUUCAAAAUAUGAAAUCUGUAGAGUUGACACCAGGGUCUCAAGAACAAGGCAUGAAUUGCCAGGAGCUGACUUCAGGAUUGCAAGGUGUCAAAUCAGGAAUCUCGGCACCAGAGUCAACUAAGAACUUCAUACCAGGACCAAUGUUGACUAGUAUCAAAUUUUCAAAUUUGUCUCCAGAAUCACAGCAACAAGGUGUGAAACAUUUGGAGUUUACUCCAGAACCAAAGUUGCAAAGCACGAGGCAUGCAAAAUCAUCUUCAAUGUCUCUGCAACAAGCUAUACAAUCUGUGGAGUUAGCAUCAGAGUCACUGUUUCAAAGACCAAAAUCUGAGGAUCUAACUCCAAGAACAAGCUCUCAAAUGACAGGCUCCUCUGAAAUCAUCCCUAGGCCAGGGCAUCAGUUUGUAGAACAUGCAGAGAUGAUUCCAAAGCCAAUGCAUCGAGUCCCUAAAUCUGUUAGUUUGACUUCAAUACCAAUUUAUCAAGCUACAGAUUCUUCAAAAAUGGCACAAAGUUUGGCACAUCAAGACACAGAAACUGUAGAGAAAUCUGUGAAGUUGACCCAAAAACCAAAAGGAAAAGCCAUGAAAUCUUCAGGAAUGCCUCUGAAACGAAAUCUUCAAGUACCAGAAUUUGCUGAUCUGACUCCAGUGCUAAGGAAUCAAGGUUUAAAAUCCUUAGAAUUAACACCAAAGAAAAGCCACCAAAUCCUGGAAACUCUGGAGUUGCUCUCUCAGUCAGGGUCCCAAGUUAAGGAGUUACAUACAGGGCAGCUGCAGCAAGUUGUGGAAUCUGAAGGGAUGACUUCAGGACCCAAGAAUCACAUUACAGAAACUAUGGGGUUGACCUUCAAGACAAAGCUGCAAGGGGAGGAAUUUCUUGGAAGGAGUCCAAAACCAAUAAGUAAAACCACUGAUGCAGAGAGAUAUUCAAGGCCCUACCCUCAACCCCAGGAAUCUGUGGAGGUGAUCUCCGAGCAAAAACUGCCAAGGGGAGAGUCUAUAGCAUUGAUUACAAAGGCAUUUCAAGAUGUCCCAGAAUCUUCAGAGAUGACAGAAGGGAUACGAUAUCAAGUUCCUGGGUCUAUGGGUUUGACCUGUAAGCGAUUCCUAAAGGCAAAGCAAAUAGGUCAAGUUGCAGGACACACAGAAUCUGCAGAGGUCACCACUGAGACAUGGCAACAAGGGGAGGGAAAAAUGAAGCUAACCCAGUCACAGAAUCAAAGUAUGAAAUACUCAGAAACAGCCCCAGGACUACUGGGUCAAAUUACAGAAUUCAUGAGGAUUAGUCCAAAGCCAUUAGAACAAGUCACAAACUCUACAAAGACACAGCUUCAAGUUGCUCAAGCAAUAGGGGUAAAGCCAGUAGCUCCCAUCAGAGUUGCUACACCUGUGAAAGUGACUCCUGGGCCACCAUAUCAAGUUGUGAAGUCUGUAACGUUAACAUCAUGGCCAAACUCUCAAACGGUAGACUGUGUUGAGUUGACUUCAAAACCACAAGAUGUGAGACCUUCAACCUCAAGCCUAAGGUUGCAAAAUGCAAAAUUUAAGAAAUUAAGCACAGAACCAAAGUACCAAACUUUGAAAAGAAUGGAUUCGACAGGGUUUCAAAUUGUAAAGACUGUGGGACCACCACUUCAAAUUGUAAAAUCUGAGGAAUUAGCACCAGGGCCAAUUCCCCAGAUUGCAGAACCAAUAGGAGUGGGGCUUAAGGCAACAAAUUACUUGGAUUUAUUCCCAAGGCUACAUCUUCAAGAACCAGUAGAAUCUGUAGAAUUAACUCCAAGGCCAAAUACUGAAGUGAAAUCUGCAGAAUUAACCACACAGCCAACAUAUACACUCGAGGCACCUACAGUGUUAAAUCAUAAACAAGGGUUUCAGGCUGUGAAAUCUACAGGGGUAAAAACAGGACCGCCUCAAGUCAUGGAAUCUGAGGAUUUGAAUCUAAAUGAGGUGUGUCAGAAUAAGGACUUUGAGGAGGGAUCAUCAGAAGAAGAGUUACAAACAGGGAAUUAUUUCUCUAGGUUUCUACACAACUCUUCAGACUCACUCAUCUCAAGUUCUGUCAGAACAUCUGAAUUAGAUCUUUGGGAUUCUAAGAUGCUGCAAGUAUCAAGUGUAUUGGAUAUAAAAAACCUUGUGACAGAUAUUUUGCAACCUGAGGAGUCUUUUAUAGACCUUGAUAUGAUACAAUCUUCAACUUUUUCCUUAUCCCUUCAUAACCAAUCCCCUGAUGAGACAGUUAUUUCUGUAAAAAACUCAAACUCUGAGAUGCCAGGAGUGGAUGUCAUACCUAAUGAAAAGACUAAGAGGAAACAUGUGGAGGAGUCAGAGACCUCACUCCAGAGACCCUCACAACAUUCACCACAAGACUGGAUGUCACCACCUAGGUUUUCCCAGGCAGAGUCAAGGGCUCAAAGAGCCCUUUCCUGGCCUGUCCUGGGCAGGCAACGGAAUGUCUGGGAGAGUCGCUCCUCGAGGCCACGACUACCUAGAAAAUAUCUCUCCAAUAUGCUAAUGCUGGGGAAUGUCUUGGGGACCACUAUGGAAAGGAAGCUUUCUUCUCCAACAUCUUUAACAGAAAGAGCCACUGAAGAUACCUGUCAAUCUAUUCAGAAUUUAUUUGGGGUUCCAGCUGAAUUGAUGACAUCUUCUGAGAGAUUAUUUGAAAAGGGUCAAGGUACUAUUUCUCAGCCUUCAGUGGUCAAAAACUACAUUCAGAGACACACUUCAUGCCAUGGUCAUGAAAAAAAAACACACUUAAGGAUGUGGACACGUACUUCCAUGCCCUCCAUAAUACAGCACUACUCUGGGAGUAGAACGAGAAUAAAGAAAACAAACUCAAAACCCUGCAAUAUAUCCCGGGAAGUCAUUCAGUACAUGCCUGUUUCAUGCACAGGGAGUCAGCCUCCUGCCCAAGCAAAGUCAGAGUCUCCCCUCAACAUAUUUUUUGCCAGGAGAGAUUCUGUUCCAAUGGAAGAGACUGAGAACUCACAGAGUGAUUCACAGACAAGGAUUUUUGAGUCCCAACAUUCCCUCAAGCCAAGUUAUCUUUCCCAGGCCAAGACUGACUUCUCAGAACAGUUCCAGCUGUUAGAAGAUUUACAGCUAAAAAUAGCAGCAAAACUGUUGAAUAGUCAAAUACCCCCCAAUGUACCUCCACCUUUAGCUUCAGGUCUGGUCCUAAAAUAUCCUAUCUGCCUACAGUGUGGCCGAUGUUCAGGAUUUAAUUGCUGUCAUAAAUUACAGGCUGCUUUUGGGCCUCACCUUCUUAUCUAUCCACAGCUUCACCUUGUAAGCACUCCUGAAGGCCAUGGAGAGAUUAGGUUACAUCUUGGCUUUAGGUUGCGAACUGGUAAAAGACCCCAGCUCCCAAAGUAUCACAGAAGAGACAGACCAGUCACGCCAAGGAGCCUCAGAUCAACAUCAUUAAGGAAAGCAAAAGGUUACACAUGUGCUUCCAAGAGUCCUACUUCUACAAUAGAUUUCCGGUCUGGGUCUUCCCAGUCUCCUUCUCCUAUAGAAGUCCACAUUAGGCGAAGGCAAUAUGACAGCUCUAGCCUAAUAGAAAAGACAGAAAUUAGAGAGCCUGGACACUAUGAGUUCACUCAAGUUCACUCUCUAUCAGAGACUGACUCUGAAAGCAAUCAGGAUGAAAAAUGGGCUAAAGCGAGAACCAAAAAGACCCAUGAUUCAAAAUAUCCAAUGAAAAGAACCCCCAAAGGAGUUAGAUCACAAAAUACAAAGUUCUACACAAAUGGUAGAGCUAUAAUACAGAGUUCCUCUAGGGAAUUACCAAACCAGUUAAGAAGGAAGAGGAGUGGAGCAUCUCAGACAACGACCACCUCUUUGAAAAGACAACCUAAGAAAUCCUCCCAACCAAAAUUUAUUCAACUGCUUUUUCAGGGCCUAAAGCAGGCAAUUCAAACAGCACACAGAAUUAUGGCUUUGGCUAGGCAGAAGCCUGAGGACACAGCAAGGUCAGACUAUUUCUGGUCAAGCAAAACCUACCUUCCAAAACAAAAAGCCAGAGACUAUUGCUUGACAAGAGACAGCAAAAGACACAGGAUGCCAACUCUCAAGCUAAGGCAAUCAGAGUCAGUCACCAAGCAGGAGAGCACACGUUGGGAAGAAACAGACCAAUUCAGACCAGCUCAACAACCAAAAAGGGAUAGCUCUUUCCAACUCAGACCUAAGCAAUUACCCAAGCCCACAGUUUCCCAAAGAAGUACCACUCUCAAAAACACCUCAGCUAGCCAGUGUUUGGGUCCUGUUCAAAAUGACAGUAGUAGCAGAGCUAAGAAAAACUUUAACAGAAAUGAAAUCUCUAACCAAGAGUCCAAGAACUUCAAACCAGGAAUCAGAGUUCAUGCUGGAGGGAGACUCUUAAAACCUGGUUCUCUUAUGAAGAGGACCUCACACAAUCACCUUAAAGGGAAACCCACACACAAGGAACGAAACCACCAGAGCUUCGGCUUCAGUAGGGAAAGAAUCCCAUGUUAUUCUUCUGGAAGGAGCCAAUACAGUUCCUCUGAGAGGGGCCAGCACAGUACCUCUGAGAGGAGCCAUCGAAGUGCCUCUGAGAGAAGCCACCGCAGUGCCUCUGAAAGGAGCCACCGAAGUGCCUCUGGGAGAAGCCAUCGAAGUGCCUCUGAGAGGAGCCAUCAAAGUCCUUCUCAGAGGAGCCAUCACAGUGCCUCUGAGAGAAGCCAUCACAGUGCCUCUGAGAGAAGCCAUCACAGUGCCUCUGAGAGAAGCCAUCGAAGCGCCUCAGAGAGGAGCCAUCGCAGAGCCUCAGAGAGGAGCCAUCGCAGUGCCUCUGAGAGGAGCCAUCGCAGCGCCUCUGAGAGGAGCCAUCGCAGCGCCUCUGAGAGGAGCCAUCCAAGCCCUUCUCAGAGGAGCCAUCACAGUCUCUCUGAGAGGAGCUAUCGAGGUCCCCCUGAGAGGAGAUGUCGCAGUCCCUCUGAGAGGAGAUGUCGCAGUCCCUCUGAGAGGAGAUGUCGCAGUCCCUCUGAGAGAAGGUGUCGCAGUCCCUCUGAGAGAAGCAAUCGCAGUCUCUUUGAGAAAAUUCGUCGCAGCUCCUCUGAGAGGAGAGAACACAGUGCUUCUGAGAGAAGACAGCACAAGCCCACUGAGGGGAGAGGACAAAGUCCCUCUGAGAGGAGCCACAACAAUCCCCUCAAGGAGAGACUCAAACACAGCUCCCCUAGGGAGAGGCCCAGACAUGGUUUGAGUAAAGAUUUCAAGAGUAAUUCUAACACGUCUCCUAGAGACCACACCAAAAAUCCCCAAAGGAGGGCAAGUUUGGAGGCCUGACGCUAGUAGAUGGAAGAGACCCGCCCCCGUUAUUCAUUUCGUAGCUCAAGUCUCCCCUGAGCGGCCCUGGCUUCUUUCCUACUCGGCCAAGGCCUCCACUUCCUAAGCCCUCAGCAAUGAAAGAGCUUCUACGUCUCUCUACCUGGGGGGAGGGAGAGCGGGAAUGGGUCUGUCACUUCCCUAAGAUAAAUAAAGGGGCAAUAAUUGACCUUC